GGAGGCAGAUAGGGGGCUGUCAGAGCUGCGCAUCUGUACGAUUGGAGCAGAGAGAGGAGAGGAAAGAGAAGAUACGAGCAGGUCAAGAUGAAGACCGCGGCAGCAGCGAUGCAGGCUUCGAGAUUUGGACAGGAAAAGACAAACGAGACGAGAAACACCGAGGAGGACCGAUGAGGCAUGAAGGACAAGUCUCCGGAGCCGCGCUGCGUCGCUCCAACAUGGAGGCGUAGCGACAGCAGCACCCGUUAGAGGAGGAAACAAACCCAUUGUAGCCCUGCAGCAUCAGCAUCAUCACCAUCAUCCGUCCAACCUGAGCGGAGUGGAGGAGGAGGAGCAGGAGGAGGAGGAGGAGGAGCAGGAGGCAGAGAUGGGCUCCCAGGUUGUGCAGACCCUGCGUCAGGGAGUCUGGGCAUCUCUGACCGGGGGAUGGUACUACGACCCGGACCAGAACAAAUUCAACAACUGCUGCCACCUCUAUCUGUGGAUCUUUCUCCUGAUGCUCCCCUUGUCGCUCCAUCUGGCUCUGCCACCUACCACCAUGGCUUUGAGCAUCUACUGCACUUCCAUCACUGUCUUCUUCAUCCUCAUCAAGAUGGCCAACUAUCGGCUGCACCUGAUGUUCGAUGAGGGUGAAGUGGUGGUCCGCAGUCUGUCGGACCUCAGCAAGGCCCAGGAGAAGAAGAGUAAUGCCUCAGACCCAUGCUUGCCAGCCAGUAUCAGAAAGAGCAGCACUGUACCAGACAGUGUUGCCAUAACAACGCUGGCUCAAAAGCGUCCCAGCCCAGUGAUCCAGGUGACGGUUAAACAGACUGAAACUGACCCAGGACUCAUAGGGGUGGACUGCUCAAAGUCAGAUGAGAGGAAAACUGCAGGACAGUGUGAGAAUGCUGCAGAAGAAAAAUCCAUGGCAGGAAGUCUGCAGCCAAACCUUGAGCUGUCUCCAGAUGAUCUCUCCAGCCCCAAUCCAGAGCAAGAUGCCCCACUGCUGCAGGCCCAGCAGAAGUCCCCAUCCAGGACUGAAAAAGAAGCCUCUCGUCCCAGAUCUGAUACUGAAAUGGCAAAAAUACACACAGAUAUAAGUGAAACUGGACCCGUGACAGAAGGAGUGGACAUUCAGACCUCUUUGUUGAGGAAAAACAGAGCUCGAUCAGAGGAGGGGAAGAUACCAGAGAAAGACUCUGAGCUGGAGAGAACAGAGGAGACAGAGUUUGUGAAUACAGAGAAUGAGGACAAGGAGACAGUCGAUGAAGGUUUGCCACCUUCAAAUGAGAGUGGAGAUGAAAGUGAGAAGGGAAGUGUGGGGGCAAAAGAGCCCUCGGAUGCUAACAACUCACUGGAGACCCUAAAACAUGACCAAGAUGAGUUCAUUGACAUCCCAGAGUCUCCAGAGCAGUUUCAGCCUGAUCCAGUGGAAGAAACAUAUUGUUCUGAUGAGAUUGAGGUAGUUUUGGUUGAUACCUCCAGUCCCGGUCCUAAGUCUGCCCUCCUGGACGACAGCGACAUGGUCAAGAUCAUAAUUACAAUGAGCUGCGACCCUCAGACAGCUGCUCAGCUAGAGGAGAGAGUCAAGCAGAGCCUUCUGGAGAACGCACAGGCUCAGAAGGAUGCGGGGGAAUGUCACAUCAAGAUCCCCGUCAUCACCUUCGACUCCCCUGAGGAGGAGAGGCAGAAGCAAGAGGAGGGAGAGGAAGCGAGUGGAUCAGAGAAGGAGGACGCCACACCCAAACAUCAGCAGACCACAAACCUAGGUGAAGAGUUUCACCUGUGUAGAGAAACGAGUAGUCCUGAGUCCUCCACGCUGAUGGAGCACCCAGAUCCUCAACAGGAGCAUCAAGGACUGAAGACUGACACUACACCGAGUCCACAGCUGACGAAUGACAACAGUUCAUCCGGCAUUGAUGUCCGCUCUCACACUGACGAUACAGACCCUCUGGAUUUGAACGUAGAUUCACAAGGUUUCCUGCGUCUGCCACCAAUCGUGGGCCGCUACGGACCUGGCGGAAGGACUCACAUCCGAGGACUAAGCAUGGACAGUGGUAAAGAUCUACUUUCAGAGCGUUCACAUAACACGACCACUAUGACCAGUUCCAAAUCGGAUCUGGAGGCCAAAGAGGGACAGAUUCCCAAUGAAUCCAAUUUCUUGGAGUUUGUUUCAUUGUUGGGGUCCCUCAGUUUGAGAGGGGGAGGUGGCAGCACACAGGAAGAGGAGCAGAAAGGCAGCAGAGAAAAACUGGAUGCAGAAGAGGAAGAAAAUCAGAGUGACAUCCCCAGGGCAGAUGCAACAACAUCAGAUACGAACACUGAGAACAAAUCAGAGCGCCCCAAACCGCCCACCAGCCUCCCAACGAACACAUUACAGGCCGUCCUGCCCACUCACAUCCCAAUAGUCUCUCCUGACAGUCCACAGACAGAAAAAGAUCCCGACUACGAUUCUCUCCCCUCUCAAACCUCCCAGUCUGAGAGCUCCAUGCUGCAGGUCAUCUGCAGACCUGAGGCUACAAAUAAAGAGGAGGCCUACACCUUCCACACUGUACACAGAGACAGACCUCGUAAGCUGUACGCAGAGAGAGCCCUCAACCUGCCACUAGGAGCCGAGCUCAUUACAGGCAACAUGUGUGACCUGCUGUCAACUUCUUCCAACUCGGAAUGCCAGGAUGGGAUUGCGGGUGCUCACACAGACUGUCCUUUCCAGCGGCGCAUCAUUCCUGCACACAGGCUGCGACCACGAAGGACGCACCCGGAGAUCUUUCAGGAAGAAGACUCCUUGGAUGGUUCGUCGGAGACGUCCACGCAGGAGAAGCCCACCAAGAAAAUUUAUUACAAACUCCAGCUGCUUCCUGGAAGGUGGAUCAACAUUUUGUACGACCGGCUCACCCUGCUUGCGCUUUUGGACAGGAACCAGGACGUUUUAGAGAAUCUGGCUGCGAUCAUCAUGGCCUUCCUGGUUUCCUUUCUGGGGUUUGUACUUCUCAACCACGGUUGCUUCAAAGACUUCUGGGUCUUCCAGUUCUGCCUGGUCAUUGCCAGCUGCCAGUAUUCACUCCUGAAGAGUGUUCAACCUGAUGCAGCAUCACCAACACAUGGCCACAAUCAGCUGGUUGCUUACAGUCGAGCGGCCUACUUUUGUAUUUUCUGCGCUCUGAUUUGGCUCCUGGAGCAGCUGUUGAGGAGAAAGGACCUGCCUGUUUCCACUCUGUAUGGAGUCACCAUCAUCUGCUACGACAUCCUGCGCUUCACACGAGACCUGCUAGUUGGUUUCACCUACUGCUUCCCCGUCACCUUCCUGGUGGGCCUUUUCCCUCAGAUUAACACCUUCACCAUCUACCUGCUGGAGCAGAUCGACAUACACUUCUUCGGAGGAACAGCUGCUACGAGCCUCAUCUCUGCCAUCUACAGCAUCCUCCGCAGCCUCAUUGCUCUGUCUCUGCUGUACGGGUUCUGCUUCGGAGCUCUCAAGGAGCCAUGGGAUGAGCAGCACACCCCUGCUCUGUUCUCGGGUUUUUGUGGCCUUUUAGUCGUGUUCUCCUAUCACCUCAGUCGACAGAGCAGCGACCCGUCUGUGCUGCUAUCACUGAUCAAGUCAAAGAUCAUGCCUGCGCUAGUGGAGAGCGAAGAAGACGAGGAGGAGGAGCGGGAGGAUGCAGAGAUCAAAGACCCGUUGCCUGAGAAACUGCAGAACUCCAUGAAGGAGAUUCUGCUGUCAGAUGUUAUCGUGUGCUCUGUUGCCUACAUCCUGACAUUCGCCAUCACGGCGAGCACCGUGUUCCUCUCCCUGAAGCCUUUUGUGACCAUCGUGCUGUAUGCUCUGGCUGGGACGGUGGGCUUUGUAACCCACUACCUAAUCCCCCAGCUGCGGAAGCACCACCCGUGGUUGUGGGUCUCGCAUCCGGUUCUCAAGACCAAAGAGUACUACCAGUUCGAACCCAGAGAGGAUGCAGUGCUCAUGUGGUUCGAGCGUCUGUACGUGGGGCUCCUGUGCUUUGAGAAGUACGUGGUGUACCCCGCCAUCGUGCUCAGUGCCCUUACCAAUGACGGUUUCGCCCUCAGUCAUCGCAAGCGGCUGGGAAUCCAUUGUGACGUUCUGCUGACGACGAUCGCCGGCCUGAAACUCCUGCGCUCGUCCUUCUGCGAUCCGAGCUUCCAGUUCCUCACUCUUCUCUUCACGCUCAUCUUUUUCUACUUUGACUGUCCGCAUGCCUCCGAGAGCUUCCUGCUGGACUUCUUUGUCAUGUCUAUCGUCUUCCACAAGAUGCGCGAGCUGCUGCUAAAACUCCACUUCAUCCUGGUUUACAUUGCUCCCUGGCAGAUCGCCUGGGGCAGCGCCUUCCAUGCCUUCGCUCAGCCGUUCACCGUGCCUCAUUCAGCCAUGUUGCUGCUGCAGACCCUGAUCACCACCGUCUUCUACACUCCGCUGGCUCCCUUCCUCGGGAGUGCCAUCUUCAUUUCCUCUUAUCCACGGCCAAUCAAGUUCUGGGAACGAAACUACAACACAAAACGCAUCGACAACUCCAACAGCAGACUGGUGUCCCAGGUGGACAAGGAGACAGGUUGUGACGAUAACAACCUCAACUCCAUCUUUUACGAGUAUCUGACCCGCUCACUGCAGCAUUCGCUGUGUGGCGACCUCAUGCUGGGUCGAUGGGGAAACUACAGCGCCGGCGACUGUUUCAUUCUGGCUUCAGACUACCUCAACGCCCUCGUGCACCUCAUCGAGAUCGGCAACGGCCUUGUCACCUUCCAGCUGAGGGGCCUGGAGUUCAGAGGCACUUAUUGUCAGCAGCGGGAGGUGGAAGCCAUCACAGAAGGAGUGGAGGAGGACGACGGGUGCUGCUGCUGCGAGCCGGGUCACCUGCCUCACAUGCUGUCAUGCAACGCUGCUUUCAACCUGCGCUGGCUGGCCUGGGAGGUGAUGGCCACCAAGUACCUGCUGGAGGGUUACAGUAUCAGCGAGAACAACGCCGCCACCAUGCUGCAAGUGUACGACCUUCGGAAGCUGCUCAUCACCUACUACCUGAAGAGUAUCAUCUACUUCCUGGUCCACUCCCCUAAACUGUGCACCUGGCUCAAAGAUGCUGCCGUACAGGAGGCGCUGCAGGCCUACACCAAGUGGCACCACAUCGAGCGCGACCCUCAGGUCUUCAGUGCGAAGAUCGAUGAAGACUACGUGCACUGCCUGCAGGGGGUGACCCGCGCCAGCUUCUGUAACGUCUACUUGGAGUGGAUCCAGUACUGCUCUGGGAAGAUGGAGACGCCUGUGGACAGCGAUGAAGACUCCGCACUGGUGACCCUGUCCUACGCUCUCUCUGUCCUGGGGAGGAGAUCCCUCGGCACGGCGUCUCACAACAUGUCCAACAGCCUGGAAUCCUUUCUGUAUGGGUUCAACACCCUGUUUAAAGGUGACUUCCGCAUCACCACAAAAGAUGAAUGGGUGUUCACUGACCUGGACCUUCUGCAGAAAGUGGUGGCUCCUGCGGUCAGAAUGAGCCUCAAGCUGCAUCAGGAUCACUUCACGUGUCUAGAGGAGACCGAGGAGGCGUGCAUCCUGUAUGAAGCCAUCACAAACUACCGCAGCAGCCUGGUAAUCUGCCAUGAAAGUGACCCCGCCUGGCGUAAGGCCGUGCUGUCCAGCCGCGACACGCUGCUCACCCUCAGACACAUGAUCGAUGACGGCACGGACGAGUACAAGAUCAUCAUGUUGUACAAACGCCACCUCAGCUUCAAGGUCAUCAAGAUCAAUAAGGAGUGUGUGCGCGGUCUGUGGGCGGGUCAGCAGCAGGAGCUGGUGUUUUUACGGAACCGAAACCCAGAACGUGGCAGCAUCCAGAACUCAAAGCAAGCCCUGAGGAACAUGGUGAACUCGUCCUGCGACCAGCCGCUGGGAUACCCCAUGUAUGUGUCACCACUGACGACGUCGUACGCAGGAACGCACCGUACGCUCCGCAGCAUCGGAGGAGGCGCUUUAAGCCUGGAUGCCAUUCGUUCCUGGCUCUGCUCUAAAUGGCUUCGGGUGCGUAAAGACAACCUGACCAGCUGUAACAACAGUGGCACCAACAUGGAGGAUGUGGACUGCGGCGCUGCCGGUUCAUCCUCGUUGAGCCACAACCGCCAGUCGUCUGUCACGUCCAACAGCCUGAGCCUUUACCAGAACCGGGCCAGGACGACACACAGCCACAGACACCACAACACAGGAAGGAGAGAGUAUCGCAGCCGGUCAGUGCAGCCUCAGAGUCAGCGCCCCCCCGUCACCAGCCAAUCGGGUCCCAUCCUGGACUCAGGCUCCAACCAUGGACUUGUCCAACGUCUGUCCAACAGCCAGCUGUCCUUUAACACUUCCAUAGCCUCUAUAUUCUCUCAGGUCCCUCGUCUCUCAGGAGCAGGAGGGAUCAGCUCGCAGCUCCAGGCAGCGCAGCAUCAGCAGCGCUCCAGUCAGGUUUCCUCCUCUUCUUCCACCCUCAGCCUUCUGUUUGGGAAGCGCAGUUUCUCCAGCGGCCUGGUUAUCUCCGGGCUGUCCGCUGCAGAGGGGGGAAACACCACCGACACACAGUCCUCGUCCAGUGUCAACAUCGCCAUGGGACCCUCGCACAGGUCCGGCAGCAGAGCCACGCAGUGGACAUCAGAGCCAUAUGAGAGUAUCGACGCCUCCAAUUCCAACGCUGCCACCACUGUAAGAGACAGUGCUCUGUCCAACAAUCAAGGCAUGAGCCAGGGAUUAGACGAGACCCAGGAGGACUCUGCGCCGACGGCUCCAGAGCCAUCUGAUCAAAAGACUGCCUGAGAAAGAUGAAAACACAGAUAUUUACAAGAGUGCCCAUUUUCAGAGAGGACUGCCUGAAAAAAAAAAUACGCGUACAUUCAGAGGAUUGUAUGAGAGAGAGCACCCAUGCACACAAACCUGCCUUCUCCCUCGUCCUCA